CAAACAAACAAACAAUUGCCCCAGAGCUAGGGCGGGAGGAGGCAGCCGGCCAGGGGGGAAAGGCUGCUCGGCGCUUCCCGGCCCGGGAGAGGAGGAGGAGGAGGAAGAAGAGGAGGGAAAGCAGCUGCAAUCCUCUCGGCUCCCCUUCCCCUGCCUCAGCGCGGCUCUGCUGCUGCCUGGCUCCUGCCGGGCUGGUGGAAGGGGCUGGCUGAAGGGUGACCAUCAGGCUGAGUGUCUCUGGCUAACAUCCAUGCAGACUGGCUUAGUGCUGUGAUUCAUAGGUUCUCCCAUGUGUGAGGACACUGGAUCUUCACUUAUGAAAACCCUUCUACAGUUUCAGAAGGGGAGCACGUUGAUGAGGUAAGGAGACGACAUGGUCUUCUGUCGAUGUAGAAAGAUAGCACAGAUGAUUGUCUGAAAAAGCUGUACUACACAGCGCAAGCAUGGCUUUCGCCCAGUCGCAUAUUAUGGCCGCUAGAAGGCAUCAACACAGUAGACUCAUAAUUGAAGUGGAUGAGUACAGCUCAAACCCCACACAGGCGUUCACGUUCUACAACAUUAACCAGGGACGCUUUCAGCCCCCACAUGUGCAAAUGGUGGAUCCUGUGCCCCAUGAUGCCCCCAAACCUCCAGGAUAUACCCGAUUUGUCUGUAUUUCUGACACUCACUCAAGAACUGAUCCAGUCCAAAUGCCCUAUGGAGAUGUUUUAAUACAUGCUGGUGACUUCACUGAACUGGGACUUCCUAGUGAAGUUAAAAAAUUCAAUGAAUGGUUAGGUAGCCUGCCAUAUGAAUACAAGAUUGUGAUAGCAGGAAAUCAUGAAUUGACCUUUGACCAAGAGUUCAUGGCAGACUUAAUCAAGCAGGACUUUUACUAUUUUCCUUCUGUGUCUAAGCUGAAACCAGAGAGCUAUGAAAAUGUGCAGUCUCUUCUAACAAAUUGCAUCUAUCUUCAAGACUCUGAAGUGACGGUGAGGGGGUUCAGAAUAUAUGGCUCUCCUUGGCAACCUUGGUUUUAUGGCUGGGGCUUUAAUCUUCCACGAGGCCAAGCACUAUUAGAGAAAUGGAACCUUAUUCCAGAUGGAGUAGAUAUUCUUAUAACACAUGGACCACCUCUCGGUUUUCUAGACUGGGUUCCUAAGAAAAUGCAGAGGGUAGGAUGUGUUGAGCUGCUGAACACAGUCCAGAGACGAAUACAGCCACGACUUCAUGUUUUUGGACAUAUCCAUGAAGGCUAUGGGGUAAUGGCUGAUGGAACUACUACCUAUGUGAAUGCAUCAGUGUGCACUGUGAAUUACCAGCCUCUCAAUCCACCUAUAGUUAUUGACUUACCUACUCCAAGGAACACAUGAUUGUUAUAGGAAUUUAAUGAUGUACCCAUCACACAAGCAAGUUUCUAUUGCUGGCUAAGAAACAUGAUAAAGAACUGUUCAAUGAAGAAGCGAAGACCCUUUAUUUUUUUUUCUUUUAAUUCGUCACAACCAAAUUUGAGUGAUGAAAAUAAAUGGGAAGCAAAGACAUUUUAGUGCCAGUAUCUGCCAGAAGCCUAUUAAAGACUUUAAAAUUUCAGCAUUAAAAUACUUGUGAAUACACAAAAGUGAAUGCAUUCCACGUAUAUCUCGAGUAGGGAAUUGGUUGGGUUUUUUUAUCUCUACCAUAUAUUGAACUUAUUAAAAGUCUUUUCAAAG